CAGCAGGCAGGUUCGGCAGUUGGCUCCCUACUCAGAGAAGAAAAUCCGUUGUUGUGGAGAGGAAGAAAGGCUCGAGAAAUCCGAGCAACGUUUAACGUUCGAACCACGAGCGUCAACCCCUCAGUUUUGCGGGUCGGAUUUUUUCAACUUACUUUUUCCAGUUUUAUAUAGCUAGCAUGGCUUGUGGGGCAACAUUAAAGCGGUCGAUGGAGUUUGAGGCCCUCCUCAGUCCCCAGUCUCCCAAGCGUAGACGGUGCAAUCCACUACCGGGGACUCCUGGCACUCCGUCCCCGCAAAGAUGCAACCUCCGUCCCCCGGUCGACAGCCCCGCGCACUCGAUGUCUCCUCCGGCUAUGGGAGGCGAACACAGGCUCACACCAGAGCAGAUCUUCCAGAACCUCCGUCAGGAGUACAGCCGGAUCCAGAGGCGGCGGCAGCUGGAGGGGGCCUUCAACCAGACCGAGGCCUGUAGCUCCAGUGACUCCCCCAGCCCCAGUUCCUCCAUCAACGCUCCCAGCUCCCCCCCAGGUGCCUCGAGGAAGGACCAGCCCUCGUUUACGCUGAAGCAGGUGAGCUACCUGUGCGAGCGGCUGCUUAAAGACCACGAGGAGAAGAUCCGGGAGGAGUACGAACAGAUUCUCAACACAAAACUCGCAGAGCAAUAUGAAUCUUUUGUGAAAUUCACACAAGACCAGAUCAUGCGAAGAUACGGAGCCCGGCCGGCUAGUUAUGUCUCUUGAACUCACCGCGAUGAGAUCCCAACCUCCUCUCACUAGACGGCGGCUCUUCUACAGCCCCCCCCCCCCCCCCCCACCUCCUCCUCCCUGUUCAUUUUCAUAUUCUCUCCCGUCCCCUAGCUCUCUCCCUCCCUCCCUCCCUCCCUCCCUCCCUCCUCCGUCCCCUCCCAAUGUUAAGCUAUUUGGGUGCCAUGGUUUAUCCUCUUUUUAAUCCACAUGUCGUUUUCUUACUUCAAAGCUGUUGCUGCUGGCCAAAAGUUACAAGAAUAUGAAAGAAACUGUGUGACGCCCAACUCUUCCUCUUCUUCUUCUUCUUCUUCUUGUUCAUAUGCGCUUUCUCAAAAUCCUUACUGAGGCAGAUCUGUGUCAAAUGUGUCAAAACGUUUUGGCUCAUGUGAUCAUUCUGUAUAAUCUUCCAGCAGCUGUAUUUAAUGGCUCCUGCUUCUGACAUCCCCCCCCCCCCCCCCCCCCACACACACACACACACAAACCCUUCUCUGCCUUUUCUUGCCACACCCCCUCCCUACCCCUCACAACUCUUACCUGAGAAUGUGGAUUUUUCUCCCUUUUAAAAAUAAAAAAAUAAAUGAAGUUCUGUGAUUUAAAA